AUAUUUUGCAAUAAGCACUCAUAAAAGGUCUUUAAAAAUUUGUUAUCAGAGAUGAUAAUAGAUUUUUACUCAAGUUUUAGCAUCAGUUGAAAAUUUCCUAUCAAGUCAAACAAUGAAUUCUGCAAAUCGUGCAACUAAAAGUGACAUCGAGAAAUGGCUGGAACAUUUUUUAGUAAAAGAAAACGUGCAAAAUUUCCAUGUGAACAUUUCCGGUAGUUCUGAAAAAGGUGACAAUUAUUUAGGAGAUAUAACUUUCGUUGAAAUUUCUGGCAAAACUGAAACCGAAACUAAAAAUUACAGCCUUGUAAUAAAAUGUGGCAAGAAGAGUUCGCAAUUGAGAGACAUUAUACCGAUCAGGAGUGUUUUCGAAAAUGAAAUUUAUUUCUACACGAAAGUUCUACCGGUCUUUAUGGAGUUUCAGCGGGAGAAAGGAGUUAAAGACCCUUUCAGUAAUGUACCAAAGUGUUACGAUGCUUUUAUCAUGGAUGAUAUGGAAGUAUUAAUUCUGGAAAAUGUUAAAAAUGGAGGAUUUUCUUUACACGAUAGAUGCAAUAGUAUGAAUAAAGAGCACAUUUUGGAAGUUGUUCAAACCUAUGGAAAAUUUCAUGCAAUUUCCUUUGCUUUGCGAGAUCAAAAACCACAACUGUUUAAAAGUUUAUCAAAGGAACUAAGAGAUAUUUUGAAACUCAUGGAAGAAUCUAUGAAAGUGAACGAAGAUAUUAAUCUUUAUAAAGACAUUAUAACUCUUGCACGUGAAAGAAAUGAACACGAAAUUGUUGAAAAAACAGAACUUUUACAUAAAAAAUCAAAAAAAUACAACGAGAUAACCGACCCUACCGAUCCCUUUGCUGUAAUCCUUCACGGAGAUUGCUGGAAUAACAACUUUAUGUUUAAAUAUAAAGAUGACAAGAAAAUGCAGUUAACUAAAGUAUGUCUUUUGGACUUUCAAAUAAGCAGAUUAGCGUCGCCCGUUUACGAUUUGUCUUAUUUUCUAUUUACAUGUCUUUCAAAGGAAGACACCGAACGAUUUGAUGAAUUCGUGGGUGCGUACUACGAGAGUUUAUCGAAUUUUCUUAAAGAGUUGGGAAGUGAUCCGGAGAAAGUCUUUCCUUAUGAGGAGUUAAUGAAUCAAUGGAAGAGAUUCGCAUUGUUUGGACUGGUGAUGUUGCCGGCAAUUGCUAGAAUAUGUGUGUCAGAACAAGACGAAGUGAGCGAUUUGGCGGAAGUAGCAGAGUCCGAUCAGGAUAUCACUGAAACUUUUACAAAAACGGUGAAAAAUCGAAACAAGUAUGCCGAGAGGACUCUCCCGAUAAUGAAACUUGCAAUUAAAAAAGGGUUUAUAUAAAACACAAAUAAUUAUAUUAAAAUAAAAAGUAUUGCGUUUUGUUUGCCUUUUAACGAGAACAAUAUUUUAGCACUAAAUUCAAUGUAAACAGAGAGCAGUGAUAUAAAUUUAGUCUAAAAUAAUUAAUAUGUAUAUACCGCUAGGAAUUUUAGAAAUAGAGUGGGUAACAACUUUUUUUAUUUGUAAAUAAUUUUGUCCAAAAAAUGCUCUAAAAAACUUUUAAUUAAACGUAAACGUAAAUUAAAUAAACCACAAAGUAAUCAACAAUGAAUAAAUCUGUUGGCAAUCCUAACUUUAUUUUUUAAAGAAAACCACUGGAGUACACUGCUUCUAAUUAACAACAAUUUGUGGUUCUAGCUCAAGAGUGGCUCGUACAAGAGAGUAGGUACUCAGUAUUUGUCAAGCAAAACAGUAUUCGGUUACAGUGUUACAAAUUAUUAACAAAAAUAUUUUCAAAUCUUGCCAACUUAAACAGUUCUAAAUGAUCACGCUAUAUUUCCAUUUUUCAGAUUUUAAAGCAAUUACUUACUUAUCUUUAUUGUAGGUCCUUUUUUCAUCGCUUUGGUCGCUGUUUUACCUUUUUGCCUGCUUUACUUUUUUGUGUUCCUUUUUUUUAAUAUAUUUAUUGAUAGUGUAUAUAGCUCUGUUACUUUGUACCUACUUUUUGUUAUUCAACUAA